AUGGCGGCGCGGAGCCGAGGCCCGUGAGGCGCGGGCGGAGCUGCGGCCGCUCCGGGGGCUCCGGGCGGGACCGGCCCCGCGGGCUCCGAGCGCUGCGGGCGCUCCCGCCGGCCAUGACCGGCGAGAAGCUCCGCUCGCUGCGCAGGGACCACAAGCCCAGCAAGGAGGACGGGGACCUGCUGGCGGCCGGCGAGGACGAGGCGGCCGCGGCGCCCGGGGGCGCCUUCACGGGCGGGAAGGGCGGGCGGGCCGGGGGGCACCGCGGGCCCGGCGCUCACCGGCACCGCCCGCCGGCCCGGGCCGCCCCCGCCGGGCCCGAGCGCGGCCCCUUCCCCGUGCACGAGUGCGUGUUCAAGGGGGACGUGCGGCGGCUCUCGGCGCUCAUCCGCACGCAGGGCAUCGCCCAGAAGGACAGUCACGGAAACACUCCUUUACAUCUUGCUGUGAUGUUGGGACAUAAAGAAUGUGCCCACCUGCUUUUAGCCCAUAAUGCUCCAGUAAAGGUGAAAAACGCUCAGGGAUGGAGCCCUCUGGCCGAAGCCAUCAGCUAUGGAGACAGACAGAUGAUUUCAGCACUCCUGAGGAAGCUCAAGCAGCAGUCCAGGGAAAGUGUUGAAGAGAAGCGACCUCGGUUAUUAAAAGCCCUGAAAGAGCUAGGUGACUUCUAUCUAGAGCUUCACUGGGAUUUUCAAAGUUGGGUGCCUUUACUUUCCCGAAUUCUGCCUUCUGAUGCAUGUAAAAUACACAAACAAGGUAUAAAUAUCAGGCUGGACACAACUCUGAUAGACUUUACUGACAUGAAGUGCCAACGAGGGGAUUUAAGCUUCAUUUUUAACGGUGACGCCGCACCCUCCGAAUCUUUUGUAGUUUUAGACAAUGAGCAAAAAGUUUACCAGCGAAUACACCACGAGGAAUCUGAGAUGGAGACAGAAGAGGAGGUUGACAUUUUGAUGAGCAGUGAUAUUUACUCUGCCACCUUAUCCACCAAAUCCAUCACGUUCACACGGGCCCAGACUGGCUGGCUCUUCAGGGAGGACAAAACUGAAAGAGUAGGAAACUUCCUGGCAGAUUUCUACUUGGUGAAUGGACUGGUGUUGGAAUCCAGGAAAAGAAGGGAACAUCUCAGUGAGGAGGACAUCCUUCGGAAUAAAGCGAUCAUGGAGAGCCUGAGCAAAGGGGGAAACCUCAUGGAGCAGAAUUUUGAGCCCGUGCGCCGGCAGUCGCUGACGCCGCCGUCCCCCAACACCAUCUCCUGGGAGGAGUACAUCUCUGCAGAGAGUGGCAAAGCUCCUCACCUGGGCAGGGAGCUGGUCUGCAAGGAGAGCAAGAAAACCUUCAAAGCCACGAUAGCAAUGAGCCAAGAAUUCCCCUUAGGAAUCGAAUCGUUGUUGAAUGUCUUAGAAGUCAUUGCACCCUUCAAGCACUUUAACAAACUUAGAGAAUUUGUUCAAAUGAAGCUUCCACCAGGCUUUCCUGUCAAAUUAGACAUCCCGGUGUUCCCCACCAUCACGGCCACUGUGACGUUCCAGGAGUUCCGCUACGACGAGUUCGAUGACUCCAUCUUCACCAUUCCCGACGACUACAAGGAGGAUCCCAGCCGCUUCCCGGACCUCUAGGGGGGCUGGGAGCUCCUGGGAGCGCCAGCCCGGCGUGCCAGGGCCAGGGCAGGGCCGUGGGGCACAGCAAGGGCUGAGCUGGUGGGCACGCAGCCGAGGGAAGGAGCUGGCGCUGCACUGUGGGCACGCAGCCCCUCCAGCUGCCGCCUCCCGGGGCCUCCUGCUGCCACCCCCCCUGGCACAGCCGCUCCUGGCUCGGAGCUGCCGCCCCAGCUGGGAGCAGCUGCUGCUUUUUAAAUUUUUUACACUUGUGGUGACCCGCGAGGGAGGCACUGCUGGACCUUGGCACCGAGCUGGGGCUGGGGCUGGGGCUGGGUGAGGCAACCCCCCGUCCCUCCCCUGCUCCCUGAGCUCCCAGCUCAGGCACGGGAUGUUGGAAUGUGGGAAGGUAUCCUGGAGGAAUGCCUUGGCUGUAGAUGAAUGAACCAAAUGGGCACCACUGACACUUGGAUCUCCUGCGGCACCCGGGCAGAGCCAGCUGUGCUGAGCAGGGAGCGAGGCCCCUGGGCAGCGCCGGCCCAGCCUGGUGCUGUCCCUGCCCCUUCCCUCCCUUCCUUCCCUCCCUGGGCUGCCUGGCCAGCAAUGCCACUCGUUGGUUAUCCUGUAUUUGAGGCCGAGCACCGCCAGGCCAGGGUGUGGGCACUGGGGCAGCCCAGGCACUGCCCCUCCCUGCAGGAGCAGCUCCCCCUGCCCUCGGGGCCAGCCUGGUGCUGCUCCCACACUCAUUCCCUGCCUUUGGUGUUCCAAUCACAGAGAAUCCCAGACUGGUGUGGGGUGGGGGGGCCUUAAAGCUCACCUUGUGCAGCCCCCCCUUCAUGGAUGGUUCAGUACUCCAGCUCCUUGAGCUUAUUCCCACUCCCAGUUGUCUCCUCAUCUAACAAUAAUCCACCUUUUUGGGGUUUGUUAGGCAAGAUUUGUGCAGAAGGCUGAUGGUGCUAUUUGUUUGUAUGAAGAAAUUUAGAUUCAAGUGCUGUGGUGUCAUUGUACAAAAAUGUAAAUAUUUUCCAAAUUAUAUUCUUUGUGCACUGUAGGUAAAACUUUUUCUGGAAUUCCAUAGAGUUAAGGAUCAAAGUUUAUAAUGAAGAGGAUCAUUGAUGCUCAGUGGAGGGAACAGCUGUGCUGAGCACAAGGGACAAGGAAGGGGCUCAGCACAGGGCAAGGUGUCAGGCACACCUGAGAGCAGGGAAUUCCAAACUGCUGGAAUCUCUGAUCCAUCCCAAAGAGGCUGCUCUGGGCAGGGACAGAGAGCAGGCCCAGGGGAGCACUGUCAGCAAAGUGCAGGAGGGUGGGCUUGGUCCUUUGCCAGCUCCUCGGUGGGCCUGGGGGACAGGGGAGCGCUGGGACAGGACAGGGGAGCACUGGGACAGG